UGCCUCUGAGCGGAAACUGAAAGUGAAAUAGGGAGCUGGCUACCAGCGUUGAGUCCCCUGUAAAGCCAAUCCCCCUGAAGGUCUCCACACUGCUGUUGAACAGCACACUUGACAAUGGCUUCAGCAGCACGCUUGACAAUGAUGUGGGAGGAGGUCACAUGCCCUGUCUGCCUGGACCCCUUCGUGGAGCCUGUGAGCAUCGAGUGUGGCCACAGCUUCUGCCAGGAAUGCAUCUCUCAGGUUGGGAAAGGUGUGGGCAGCGUCUGUCCUGUGUGCCGGCAGCGCUUUCUGCUCAAGAAUCUCCGGCCCAAUCGACAGCUAGCCAACAUGGUGAACAACCUUAGAGAAAUCAGCCAGGAGGCCAGAGAGGGCACACAGGGGGAACAGUGUGCAGUGCAUGGAGAGAGACUUCAACUGUUCUGUGAGAAAGAUGGGAAGGCCCUUUGCUGGGUGUGUGCCCAAUCUCGGAAACACCGUGACCACACCAUGGUCCCUCUUGAGGAGGCUGCACAGGAGUACCAGGAGAAGCUCCAGGUGGCAUUAGGGGAGCUGAGAAGAAAGCAGGAGUUGGCUGAGAAGUUGGAAGUGGAAAUUGCAAUGAAGAGAGCAGACUGGAAGAAAACAGUGGAAACACAAAAAUCUAGGAUUCACGCAGAAUUUGUGCAGCAAAAAAACUUCCUGGUUGAAGAAGAACAGAGGCAGCUGCAGGAGCUGGAGAAGGAUGAGAGGGAGCAGCUGAGAAUCCUGGGGCAGAAAGAGGCCAAGCUGGCCCAGCAGGGCCAGGCCCUGCAGGAGCUCAUCUCAGAGCUAGAUCGAAGGUGCCACGGCUCAGCACUGGAACUGCUGCAGGAGGUGAUAAUUGUCCUGGAAAGGAGUGAAUCCUGGAACCUGAAGGACCUGGAUAUUGCCUCUCCAGAACUCAGGAGUGUGUGCCAUGUGCCAGGGCUGAAGAAGAUGCUGAGGACAUGUGCAGUCCACAUCACUCUGGAUCCAGACACAGCCAAUCCGUGGCUCAUACUUUCAGAAGAUCGGAGACAAGUGAGGCUUGGAGACACCCAGCAGAGCAUACCUGGAAAUGAAGAGAGAUUUGAUAGUUAUCCUAUGGUCCUGGGUGCCCAGCACUUCCACUCUGGAAAACAUUACUGGGAGGUAGAUGUGACAGGAAAGGAGGCCUGGGACCUGGGUGUCUGCAGAGACUCUGUGCGCAGGAAGGGGCACUUUUUGCUUAGUUCUAAGAGUGGCUUCUGGACAAUUUGGUUGUGGAACAAACAAAAAUAUGAGGCUGGCACCUACCCCCAGACUCCCCUCCACCUUCAGGUGCCUCCAUGCCAAGUUGGGAUUUUCCUGGACUAUGAGGCCGGCAUGGUCUCCUUCUACAACAUCACUGACCAUGGCUCCCUCAUCUACUCCUUCUCUGAAUGUGCCUUUACAGGACCUCUGCGGCCCUUCUUCAGUCCUGGUUUCAAUGAUGGAGGAAGAAACCCAGCCCCUCUAACCCUCUGUCCACUGAAUAUUGGAUCACAAGGAUCCACUGACUAUUGAUGCCUUUCUCUGCACACUGCCAC